AUUCUCUUUAUCCUGUUAGACAGCAAUUUGAAGAGCAAUGAACAAUCAAUAUCAUACUUCAAACUGAAGAAGUCCCAGCUUCCAGCUCUGGCUAUAUUCCACACACCAGAUGAAGAGCAGGAUGUGUUGACUCUGGAUGAAAUCUCUGUUGAGCGUGUACAGGACUUCUGUAACCAUUUCUUACAAAGAAUACAGAAGAAAGAAGAUGAAUCUGAGGAGAAGCCCCUCAAUGACGAACUCUGA